AUGGGUGUUGGAAUGGCUUUAUGCCUGUCAAAGGAAGUUGUCGAUAAUGCGAUUGCUGCAAGUCCUUACGAAACCAACAGUGACGAUGACGAAGUUGCCGUCACCGUCCAUGCCACCAAUAAUUACGUUGUGACUGCAUCACUUGACGGCACAUGGUGCUUUUAUGAACUGUCUUCAGGCACUUGUCUGACUCAGGUUUCAGACUCUUCUCAAGGCUGCACAUCUACAGCCUUUCAUCCUGAUGGUCUUAUUCUUGGAACAGGCACUACAGAUUCUCUUGUUAAGAUCUGGGAUGUAAAAGGCCAGGCAAAUGUUGCCAAGUUUGAUGGACAUGUGGGGAAUGUAACUGCAAUAUCAUUUUCUGAGAAUGGAUACUACCUUACAGUUGCAGGCUCUGAUGUAAGGAUAUACCAAGUUGCAAAUGUGAAAUCUGAAUGGAGCUUGAUCAAAACUUUUCCUGAUUUAUCUGGAACAGGGACAUCCACAUGUGUAAAAUUUGGUCCAGAUUCGAAAUACCUGGCAGUUGCAUCAAUGGACCAGAAUCUUAGAAUAUUUGGCCAACCUGAUGAAGGUGUUCCCGCAGAAUCAUAAAACACAUCAGUUGCAUAGUGUUGGCU